GGGACCCUCACUGGGUUUGUUGGCAUUCUUGCUCCUGUCGGGAGUGCCGUAGUGCUGCCUUAAGAUGACUUGCCGGUCAGGUUAAAGGCUCCUAAUGCCUGUUGCGGUUGCCCUGCCUUGAAAAUAGGGAUGUUUCCGCUGCUGCCAUGGGAUGGGCUUCCACUACGUGUAGGUUCCUGUACACCAGUGUUUCCAGUGCCAAGGAGGAACAACUAUAAAAUAAAACUACUGUGAGAGGAAGAGGCAACAAACUUAAAUUUUAUCAAGAUCGAAGUGAAUGAUUUUGGAUAGAAGACUUUUUAAAAAGAGUUGUUCCACAGUGCAUCAGAGCAAGUGACUGCUUUACUCUUGAGAGACUUUACAGGCGCUUGCCUGCGUUGCAAUAAAGGACUCAUUUAUUGAGCAGGACCUUAUUUAUCUCUUCAUCUUGGAGAGUCUAAUAAACUAUUACAGUUUCUGUACUCACAAAGUUGAAAAAGACAUAUUACAAAGCAAAACAUGAGUACAGCCAGAACAGAGAACCCUGUUAUAAUGGGUCUCUCCAGUCAAAAUGGACAACUUAGGGGCCCAGUGAAACCCACAGGUGGCCCAGGAGGCGGGGGAACACAGGCUCAGCAACAGAUAAACCAGCUGAAACAUCCCAACACAAUCAACAAUGGCACUCAGCAGCAAGCACAGAGCAUGGCCUCCACUAUCAAGCCUGGCGACGACUGGAAGAAGACUUUAAAACUCCCUCCAAAAGAUCUGAGAAUCAAAACUUCGGAUGUGACGUCCACGAAAGGAAAUGAAUUUGAAGAUUACUGUCUGAAACGGGAGUUGCUGAUGGGAAUUUUUGAAAUGGGCUGGGAAAAACCAUCUCCUAUUCAGGAGGAGAGCAUUCCUAUUGCUUUGUCUGGGAGGGAUAUCUUGGCCAGAGCUAAGAAUGGAACCGGUAAGAGCGGCGCCUACCUCAUUCCCUUACUUGAACGGCUUGACUUAAAGAAGGAUAACAUACAAGCAAUGGUGAUUGUUCCCACACGAGAACUUGCCCUGCAGGUCAGUCAGAUCUGCAUCCAGGUCAGCAAACAUAUGGGAGGGGCCAAAGUGAUGGCAACCACUGGAGGAACCAACCUGCGCGAUGACAUAAUGAGGCUGGACGAUACAGUGCACGUGGUGAUAGCUACACCAGGGAGGAUUCUGGAUCUCAUCAAGAAAGGAGUUGCCAAGGUGGACCAUGUCCAGAUGAUUGUUCUAGAUGAGGCAGACAAGUUGCUGUCCCAAGAUUUUGUUCAAAUAAUGGAAGACAUUAUUCUCACGCUACCUAAAAACAGGCAGAUCUUGCUAUACUCAGCCACGUUCCCUCUAAGUGUACAGAAGUUUAUGAACUCCCACUUGCAGAAACCAUAUGAGAUUAACUUGAUGGAGGAGCUGACACUGAAGGGAGUUACCCAGUACUACGCUUAUGUAACUGAGCGCCAGAAAGUGCAUUGUCUCAACACACUCUUCUCCAGGCUUCAAAUUAAUCAAUCAAUCAUCUUCUGCAACUCCUCCCAACGGGUUGAACUGCUAGCUAAGAAAAUCUCCCAGCUGGGGUAUUCGUGCUUCUACAUUCAUGCCAAGAUGAGACAGGAACACCGCAAUCGAGUGUUCCAUGAUUUCCGGAAUGGUUUAUGCCGCAAUCUUGUUUGCACUGAUCUGUUUACCCGAGGUAUUGAUAUCCAAGCUGUGAAUGUUGUGAUAAACUUUGAUUUUCCAAAGCUGGCAGAGACGUAUCUCCACCGUAUUGGCAGAUCAGGUCGAUUCGGCCAUCUCGGCCUCGCCAUCAACUUGAUCACCUAUGAUGAUCGAUUCAACCUGAAAAGUAUUGAAGAGCAGCUGGGUACAGAAAUCAAGCCCAUCCCCAGUAACAUUGACAAGAGCCUGUAUGUGGCAGAAUACCACAGCGAGCCUGUAGAUGAUGAGAAACCAUAACCGCUGCGCUUUGCUUAUCAUGCAAGCUGAAGCCCUUUGAUCUGGACAUGUGAUACGCCGUUUCUUUGGGGACGCCCUUCUCUCUGUGGGGUUUCCAUCUUUUUGUUUUGGAGCUAUGAAGAUUAAAGAGCUAUUUUUUUUCUUUCUUUCUUUUCUUUUUUUAAAUAUUUGGCUGUGAGGAUGAAAGCAGAAGAUAGGAAGGAAAUACCUUUGUUUUCCUACGUGUUUGCACUGUGUGCUGACUGAACAUUAGUUGCACUAACUGCUGGUUUUAAUUUCUUUCUUUGUGGUGGAGAAGAAGAACUCUGAAAAGAGAAGACUCCCUAACUCAAGCUUGACUGCGAUUUCAGAUUCACCCACAGCCACCUGACUGAGUGCAUUUCAACUUCCCCCGGCUCCUCAUCUGUCUUUUAAGCUAAAGAGCUUGUUACUUAUUUGUGCAAAGUGCCUUAUGCUAUGAGACCAUUCAGAAUAUCACCUUUCAGAUACAGCCCAAGGACUCAUUUUGGUUCAGGUCAAAGUCUCUCUCCCCACCUCCACUCCCCUCCUCUCUUGCACACAAGCUGGGCCGGGAGGUGACGCUUGUCAGUAAUACCUUUCUGUUUAACCUUUUUCUUGUUUAAUGGAGGAGUUGAGAUGCAGGUGCAGUUCACCCACUCUGUAAAUACUUGUAUUUAAAUGAAACAACCUGGACCACCUGGGUUGAUUUGAGUGCAACUUCUGCACUCCCGCGGAAAAGAACCACUUGCCGCCGACCUGCAGCAGGAGGCACCCGAGGAACCCGUGCGCUCGCACAGAGCGCUACAGACUGGCUGCCGUGAGUCCUCGUCGGUGGUCGCAGCACUUGCGAGGCAGACUUGUCUCGGAGCCGUGGCAGUCCUUCCUUUCUGGUGUGUUCCACAGAAAAUUGGAUGUGUAUACUUGUAUAGACUCUGUAAAUAUGUGUUUUUCUGUUAUGGGUUCAUAUAUAACUUUCUUUUCCCUUUUUUCCUUGUUUUUGAUGAAGUUUGCUGGGGUUAAAGGGAUUAUAGAUCGAUCUUGACAGCAGCUAAAGGUGAGAGGGGCUCAGUUUUUUGCAACGCUUCCCUGUGCCAAGUGCUACAACUUCCGACCGCUUGGUAGGUCAGACUUGGAAGAAAUCUGGGUGUGGGGCAGGAGUGCAGAGGGAGCCUUUGUAAGGCACCAUUGGAGUCCCCUCCCAAACUCCACGGAGGGAGCGGGUGCUGUUGCAGGGGCAAACCCCUUGCUUGCCAUGGGCGAGGCAGAACAGGACGUACUGAGUUUGCAUGUGGGGCGACAGCGAGCAAACCCCACUGGCCAUGGGUCUGGCGUUCUCCUGCACUGGGUCGCCUCCCGCAACUUGGUUGUCACGAUGCCUCGAGGCCAUGUGCCGCGAGACUCCGGGGCAGCUCACGGGCAAGCCGGCCGCGCGGUUGUCUCUGCUGCGGGUGUUCUGCUCGCCUUGGAUAGGGGAGGCACGUGGUUUAGGUCCAGGUAGUGUUGCUUUUAAUUGUGCCCCUCCCAAUAUGCUUGAUGUUUGGCCUCAUCUGCAGGCAAAAGGAGUGAGACAACUCAGCCUGUAAACUUCUUAGGAAUUCCCUUCCAGCCUGACCAGCAGCAGCUGCCAGGAGGCACCCGAGUGAGCGCAGGCCCUCUUCCAGGCACCACAUGCUCAGAAAACAGCACUUGUGGCACCAUUCUGCUUUCAGAGCUGAGUUAUCCUGAUUUCUCCCUACAUUGAAAUUGGAAAUGACCGCUUUACCCAGCCCACUGUUCAGAGACCUGUGCUAGAGCCAGUUGCCUCCUGGCAGCCCUUUCAAAGCGAAAAUGUUUUGUUUAAGUAAUGCCACAGUAACGUAGCAGAAGCUGCACUAAAGUUCUGCUCCAUUGCUGGAGACUUGACUGAGGCUGCACCAGAUAGGCGAGUAUUCUCUGGGGGUAGGGAAGGUUUUGUGGGUGGGAAAUUCUGACCAAAAGCAAAAUCUUGCUCUUCUGAUGCAGCCAGUUUUGUCUUCCCAGCAGAGGAGGCAGGAGCGUUUUAGUGCAAAGUUGACAAGUGUGCAGACGCCUGAAAUCCGACAAGAGCAUGCACACCUGACGUGGUGCCAUGUGUUGGGCUGGCAGCUCUGCCCCAUGCCAUGCUCAUCCAGUCACUCUAGAAGCACAGCAUUUUUAAUGGAAAGUAUUAUCUAAAUGUGGCUGCCGAACCAAGAACGGUAUUUGCCUAGAUUCUUGAGCGCCAUGUUUGGGUGGCUUUUGUUGGGUCAGAAAGCCACCCGAUGUUGGUUGGUAGCAUUCUCUCUCCAGCAAAGGGAGGGAUCUAGAAACGGAAAGAUGCUCCAGGUGAAGACUGGGCAACCCCCAGUCUGUUUUUCCCCCCCUUCUUCCUCUGAAACAAACUGUAGAUUUUGGAUUCUUGCUCACCAAGAUAGCUUGCCAGCGACAUCUCCAUGGAAUGCAGCUGUUACCGUAGGGGAGACUGGCCGCUGAGGCAUCUUGCGCCUGGCCUGGCCCGGCCCCUGGUGUGUGUCGGGAGACUCCAUCUGGGCCAGGUGGCUCCCGGCCAGAAGCGAGGCCAGGCGCGAGAUGCCUGCCUCAGUGCCCCGUCCUACAAUGUCCUCUACUUGCCAGAGAUUGCCUGGGGUGGGUGGGGGGUGGGUUCAUGGUAGGUCACUUUUUAAUUUCUCCAGAAUGAGAUGGGAGCAUCUUUCCUUCGCCCUCUGUGUUUGUGUCUGUUGCUGGGGCUGCCUGAAAUCACAGAGGCACGACACAAAGCCAGAUGUGCUAAUCUCGAGCAUCUCAUUCAGACUUUAUUUUAAGGGUGGGGUUGCCUGCGCAGGACUCAAGUGCUGGGGCUGCAGAGGGAGGCACCGCGGCGUGUGGCUUCCCAGCGUGCCACAGGCUGGUCCCAGCAGCAGGCUGACCUGUGCUGCUGGCGCUCGCAGGCCUCUGGCUCGGCCAGCCUGAGCACGGCGGUGGUGCACAGGCGGCAUCCGGAGCGCCAACCCCACCGGGGCGAGUGCUGCACCGCUUCGCGUCCCCGGGCUGGGAGGACGCGCGCCAGAUGCCCUGCUCUCCCUCUGCCGUUGUCUGCGCCUCCUGUGUGCCAGUGGCAUUCUGGAGUCCUGCGCAGGUGAUUUGGGAGGCGGGUGGGGUGGGGCUGGGUAUGCUAAGAUACAGCUUAGCUGUAUUUUAACCAGGAAUUGUGGGGUGGGGGUUGGGGCAUCUGGAAGAAAAAGUAGUCAAAAUUCCCUUUAUUGAAACGAACUGGAAGAUUUAGAAAGGGUACCCUUUUUGUGUUCAAAUCAAGCAACGUUGUGUUUCAUUGGUCCUCAGUCCAGGCCAUGUUCACUGUGAACAGUGGGGACUAGAAUUUGGAAAAGGGGGGUGGGGGAGGGAAGUAUUUUUGAACUGGUAAUGGGCAAAUGUCCAGCAGAGCUGUUUUUGGUUCACUGUUUGUUGGUGUACACAAGUAUGUAAUGAAUGGCUUGACCGUACUGGGGCCAGAGGGAGGAGCGAUGAAUGGUAAAAUCCUGACUUGCUUUUUAAGAGAAAAUUAGCUCAAUAAAAGCUCACUGGGACUUGAA